AUGUUGCGCAUAUUCAUGUGCAUGUUUGUGUGCGCGUGCGGAAAAGAGGGAGAGAGAAAAGGAAAGGAAAGGAAACAUAAGCACAUAAUAAUGAGAAAAUGUUUCAUGUACGCGUGCACAAACAACAACAACAACAACGACAAUUGCACCCGCUUAUGUAUUGAAUAUAAGCGAACGUAUUCACGUAUUUAUCAUCCACGCACAAAGGCUGCAUCCAUGUGA